UAAGAAAGAGAGACAGAGAGAGAGAGGACUUUAAUAAUUUGGUCUUCUCCGGAUUAGUUAUUCUAAUGUUAUUUAUUUAUAUAUUUCAUUUCGUGCUAUAGGGUGGAAAGAAUAAUAAAAUAAUAGGUCUUUUUUCUGGAGAAGAUAAGUGCGUGGAAUUCAUCGUCCAAUCUGAUAGAAGCAAAAACCAUUUGACAAGAAAUCAUUGAAUGAAUUCUUGGACAAAGAAAAAAAGAAGAAUCAUUUCAAAAACUUUUUGUGUAAUCUCUCUUAACUUCUUGUGUUACAAAAGUUUCUGCUACUGCUACACUUGCUUACCCCAGUGACUAGUACUACCAUGUCUCCAAUUCAAUCUCAACCAUCCACUUCCUCCUUCAUCAUCACCAUCCUCAUCAUCUUUUUGCUGGGUCCACUUCCACACCAAGCCCAAGCUCGGAAGCCUCAUGUCAUCCAUUUCCGAUCCCCAAAUCUCUACCCGGAGGGCAUCACCUGGGAUCCCUCCGCCAAACACUUCAUCCUCGGCUCCUUCUGGAACCGUAUUCUCGUCUCCGUCUCCGAUUCCGGCACUGUCGAAACCAUAAUCUCCGACCACUCUCUACCGGAGAACGUUACCUUCUUGGGCCUCGCCGUCGAUUCCGUCAACGACCGUCUACUCGCCGUCGUCCAGGCCAUGGAACCACUCCCUCACUUCCAGGCCCUCGCAGCCUAUGACCUCCGUUCUCACCGCCGCGUCUUCCUAUCUCCCCUCCCGUCAGACACCGACGACGGCACGCGGCGGGAGAUCGCAAACGACGUCGCGGUGGACUCCAAGGGCAACGCUUACGUUACCAAUUCGGCCGGGAACUUCAUCUGGAAAGUCAACGACCGAGGAGAAGCUUCUAUUUUCUCCAAGUCGGCGAUAUUCAAUUUCCAUCCAGUGGACAAAGACUCGCCGUUCAGCUUCUGCGGUCUAAACGGCAUCGUUUACGUCGGCGAGGGUUACUUCCUUGUUGUCCAAAGCAAUACGGGGAAGAUGUACAAGGUGGACGCCGACGACGGCACGGCACAGCAGGUGGUGCUGCCCCAGGACUUGCCACUGGCCGACGGGAUCGCGAUGCGCAAAGACGGCGUCGUUGUGGUGGUGUCGCAGCAUAAGAUGUGGCUUUUGAAGAGCGAGGACACGUGGGGGGAAGCGGUAGUUUUUGACGAAAUUGACCUUGAUCGGGAGGCUUUUCCAACCACCGUUGUUAUCGGGGCUGAGGAGAGGAUAUAUGUGGUAUAUAGUCAAUUGUUGGAUACAAUGAGGGGAAACGUAGGGCGGGAUAAGUUUAGGAUAGAGGAAGUGAGGUCCGAGAAGGAAAGUGGGCUAGAUCAUUUUUGGAUGUUUGUACUAAUCGGGUUGGGCUUGGCCUGUUUCCUCUUUUGGAGAUUCCAGAGGCGCCGGUUUGUUAACAACUUCGAUAAAAAGACCACUUAGUUUUUUCUUUUUCUUUUUUUUUUUUUUUUGGGUAACACUUGUUGUAUUGUUUCUUUUGUUUAUGAUAAUGAAUGGUUUGAUGUGAUUAAUAUUUUACGUGUAAAUGUAUAUAUACAUGUAUAUAUUUCUUUUGGCA